UUUAAAGUUUCUCACAUUUCAAGGCAAAGAUAAGCCAAAAAUAAUGCAGCUAAAUAAUGUUGUCCCACGAGUCCACGAUCCUCACACCCUAACUUUUCUUAUCACAAAUCGCCUAUAUAUACCGCAAUUGAGCGGAUAACCAGUCACAACAUCACACACAGAAAUAAGCACCGAGUUUAAUACAAUCGACACAUUAGCAGCACAAACAUGAAGGGAGCAGUGAUCUCAAUGUUGGUAGUAGUGGCCAUGGUUCAGUACAUGGCAACACCAGGAGAGGCCAUUGAUUGUGGACAAGUGAGCUCCUCUUUGGCACCUUGCAUUCCCUUCUUGACAGGAGGCGACGCUUCUCCUUCAUCUGGGUGUUGCAGUGGAGUCAAGAAUCUGAACUCACUUGCUCAGACAACGGCUGACAGGAGAGCUGCAUGUGAUUGUAUUAAGACAGCAGCCGCUCGCUAUCCAAACAUAAAGGAUGAUGCUGCCUCUUCGCUUCCUCAGAAGUGUGGGAUUGACUUCAAUAUUCCCAUCUCCAAAUCCACCGAUUGCCAGUCCAUUAACUAAGAUGAUAAGGCCGUAUCGCUGGUGAUGAAUUAAUAAAACCGCAUGGGGAAGCAUUUCCAUUUUCUUGUUCUGUUAAAUCUUGGUAGUUCAUCACUUCUACUGAGAUUCUUGUAAUCAUUAAUUAAUGAAAAAAAGCUUCUUGCUAUUAUUAAAUUUAAAU